CCCGGUCCGGCCCUCUGGUCUUUGGGCCUGAUCCUGCCACCAGAAGUGGGACUAGACAGCCAGCUUGACCUCCUGAGAGACCGCUCUGAAAGAGAAAAGGCCAAGACCUGACCAGAAAGCGGUGGCAAAAAGGAUCAGACAAAGUGAAAGUGAAUGCUACCUGAAACACCUCAGCUUGAAUUCUACACGAUUUGAUGUUAAGAGUGGCAGUGCUUAUAUAAGGUUUUCUGCUCUUAUGGAAACAUAACGUGAUGGAUUAAUUAUGGAAACAAAGGCUUUUAAUAUUUUUCUACCACCAUUCCCCAGCAUGGUGUCAGUCGCAGGAGCGCCUCCAGCGGCGAGCAUGUUUGGUGGCGUGGAGUGCGGGAAGAAGGCAGGAUCGUCUCCUAGCAACGGGGUUGCAGCGACGUCACCGUGGCGGGUUCUUAGCGCUGAGACUAGGUGGAACCGCCAGAGCGCUUUCCAGCCUCUGGGUAAGACGUGGUCCUCCACCUUGCGCUGCCAGUCCUGCCCCACCUGGUCUCGAGCUGCCUUACGGGAGUUUUCGUCGGUGCGGCCCGCCGGCCUUGGCCUUGGCGGGACGAUGCUGGAAUCUAUUCGCGUAACGGGUACCAGGAUCUGGCUCCAAGGGACGGAACCAUCUCUUCUGGCACCUGAGGAACUGUACACGAGUGGCAUCCAUUCCAUUCACGCAGACACACAGAAAGACGCUGGGGCAAAAACAAGAAAGGAAGAAGAUAAACUCAGAACAGCAAAACAAAAAGAAAAGAGAGAAGCACCAUUUUGUCAGCCAUCUGAAAAGCUUCACUGGCCUGAACAUGAACUUGCUAAGAAGUUUGUUCUAAAUGCAGAAGAGGCAUUGAUCACUGACAGCAAAAGAAGCUUUUCGAGUUUGUCCUCUGGAGUUCUCAAGGACACUUUCACAACUGGAACCAGUAGUUACAAUGUUCUACUACAGAGCAAGGAGGAGAAAAAGCACCAUUCACAAAAGCGGUUUUCCUCUGCCUGCUCCAAACAACAUAGAAAGCCCAGCAAAUCUCCUAGUUCCUCUCAUAGCAAAGAUCCUAGCAGGAUGACAGCCCUGGUGCCUGGGACAGGCGCUGGCACUUGGUACUGCCUAGAUGGGCAGUCUGCUGUUUUUGUUACUAGCUCAGUACCAAGUCCUGUAAAGUUCACCCGUGAUAUCUCUAUUACAGGAAGCAGCCUAGCACUGCCACCUAAACCAAAAAGCAAGGUCAAACGACACAAUCUGACCCGGCUUCCAAAGCCAAAGCCACAGCCUCAGCUGUGUAGAAGCUUUGAGAAAGGAGAUGAGCUUUCUGGGAAAAAGCUUUGUAUAUUGACCGCUAUAAAGCCCAUCAACCUGGAGAAGGAAAAACUACGGUUCUUCAAGUCGGACUACACUUACAACCCUCAGUUUGAGUACGCCAAUCCCACUCUGCCAGGGGCGUUAGCCAAACACAGCAACGCCUCUGACCGGUUUCUUAAGCAGUCCAUCAAUAUUAUGGAGCUGACUUUACAAAAAUAUGGAAGUUAUGAAAAAUUUGAACAAGCUACUGGUGGUAGCUUGUUGUCUAAAACUCGAAUCUGGAGUCAUGUUAGAAAGUACAUGGUGAAGGAAGGCUGCCUGGGAGAGAUUGUAGUUCAUCUCACCGAAGACCUGCUUUCCAGGGCAUCCAUGACGGUAGUAAACGGAUGCCCGACUCUAACCAUCAAUAUUUCUACUGCACGAGAGCACUGGCUGGAGGGCAUGCUGAGGCACGAGAUAGGCACACAUUACUUUCGGGGUAUUAACAACCUUCAGCAACCGUGGAACAGUUGGAUUGGCCGAAAAAAACAUGAGCUAAAGCCCAACAACCCAACGGAGGAAGGGCUGGCAAGCAUCCACAGUGUCCUGUUCAGAAAAGACCCCUUCCUGUGGAGGGCCGCUCUCCUGUACUACACGGUGUAUAAAGCCAGCCACAUGUCCUUCUGUGAACUCUUCAAAGACAUUGGCAAGUUUGUCAAGGACCCUAAUACAAGAUGGGACUAUUGUGUAAGAGCAAAGAGAGGGUGGACUGACACUUCCGAGCCCGGGUGCUUCAGUAAGGACCAGGUCUACUUGGAUGGAGUCCUCCAAAUCCUGCGAUUCAGAGAGUCCAUAGACUUCCAUCUGCUGACUGCCCUGGGCAAGGUAUCUUAUGAAGAUGUGGAUCGCUUAAAAGAAUUGGCAGUUACUGAAAACAUGCGAGUCCCACAUUUCCUUCAUGAUCACAGCCGGUACAUGGAGCAUUUAGAGAGGAUCAUGGAGGUGAACGAGCUGACAGACGCUGAGCUGAAAAACCUCAUCUAAGCAGCAGAGCCGGCUCCUCAUGGCUGUUAGCAGCUAGGGCACCCAGCACCUGCAGAACUAGAGGAGAGCGGCUGACCUUCGCUUGCUGAAGACCAGCUCUCAGAUCCAGCUGAAAUUCUAGGUUCCAUGUAGACCUGAAACUAUUUUCCUAGAACAUUUCUAUAGACUGCGGGUGGAAGUCACUUGUCUUUUCAUUCAGAUCUCUCCAGAGACAAAUGAAGACUUCGCUGCUGGUGACACCAGGAUGAGCUGUGAACUUGGGCACCAAGGCCAGCUCUGGAUUGGAGGUGGCCAGUCUAACGCUCUGCAGUAUAAACCCCAAGGUUCUAUUUCCUCUGCUAAACAGAGAGAGUUGUUCUUUGAAAUAGCCAUUUUGUACACCAGAGAAGGCUAGCAAUAUCUAAGCUCUUAUUUUUCUUAUGUUAAGUAAUAUUAAAAGGAGAUUGAAAACUU